AUGGCCACCGAACUUACCGUCCAGAGCGAGCGUGCUUUCCAGAAGCAGCCGCAUAUCUUCCUCAACAGCAAGACCAAGGUCAAGUCCACCCGGCCGGGCAAGGGUGGCCGGAGAUGGUACAAGGACGUUGGUUUGGGCUUCCGGACGCCUGCCACUGCUAUUGAGGGUCAAUACAUUGACAAGAAGUGCCCCUUCACCGGCAUGGUUUCGAUCCGCGGCCGUAUCCUGACGGGCACCGUCGUCUCGACCAAGAUGCACCGCACCAUCAUCAUCCGCCGCGAGUACCUCCACUACAUCCCCAAGUACUCCCGGUACGAGAAGCGCCACAAGAACCUCGCCGCGCACGUUUCCCCGGCGUUCCGUGUUGAGGAGGGUGACCAGGUUACCGUGGGCCAGUGCCGGCCUCUGAGCAAGACGGUCCGGUUCAACGUUCUCCGUGUGCUUCCUCGGACCGGCAAGUCGGUCAAGAAGUUCAGCAAGUUUUAA